GUCCACUCCUGCUAGCCGCUUUGUGCUAUGUGGUAUGCUUUCGCUCUUAUCUUGUCGUCUAGUUUAGAUCGUAUAUUUGAAAUGUAAGCAAGGCAGAGAAAACACCAACCAUGGCCGUGUCUGCUAUCAGAAAUUGGUGGAAUACCCACCAGUUGGACAAAUCUGACGCCAAUGACUCCAACACAGAAGAAGACGAGGAGGAAUUAGCAGGGAGGAGGCAGUUAUCUAUGAACCUAAGUCAGACUCUGCGGACCAGGCAGCUACUCGUAGACUUUAAUGGCGGCCGACCUGUGUUGAGUCUCAGGGCACCGCUGGACCUGGUUAGCUUCCCAUCCAUCUCCUGCCCCCGGUGGCCCAUAGAGUGUGAGGUCAUCAGCGACAUCAUCCACCACAUGGAGUGGGACCCCCCAGAGCCAGAGUCUUUCUACAAGCCCACAGGGCAUGAGAGGACACCCAUGCCAGUAGGAGACGAGAGGGGGAAAGUGGUGUACUGCAUUGACCAUGCCACUAAGCGUCCCUUCUUCACCUGCUCCCGUGUCGGAGGAAGCAGGGGGCCCAUUAAGAGCGCCUCUUCAUAUGGCGAUCAGACAGAUUUCACCCUUGAGUUUGAGUCACGCUUUGAGAGUGGAAACCUCCAGAAGGCAGUGCAAGUGGGAGUCUAUGACUAUGAGCUCACCCUGCGCACAGACUUGUAUACCAGGAAGCACACACAGUGGUUUUACUUCAGGGUCAGGAACAUGAAGGCUGGGGUGACAUACCGCUUCACCAUCGUCAACUUGAUGAAGAGCAGCAGCCUGUAUGUUCAGGGUAUGAGACCACUCCUCUACUCAGGGAGGGCCGCCAACGAGAAAGGUGUUGGAUGGCAACGCACCGGCGCCAAUAUCAGAUACUACCGCAAUUGCCAGCAGAACACAAAGGAAAACAACAGUGACACGCUCUCCCUGUUCUCACUCACCUGGACUCUCCAGUUCCCUUAUGACUCUGACACCUGCUACCUGGCCCACUGCUACCCCUACACCUAUUCCCACCUGCAGCGUUACCUGAGGCGCGUUUCCUCCAACCCAGCAGUAGCGUCAUACUGUACACUGAGGGUGCUGUGCCACAGCCUCGCUGGGAACGCCGUGUAUGUGGUGACAAUAACGUCCCGGGGGGGCAGCAGGAUGGAGGGUAGGACUAAGAAGGCUGUAGUGGUGACGGCCCGAGUGCACCCUGGGGAAACCAACGGGUCCUGGAUGAUGGAGGGGUUCCUAGACUUCCUGCUCGGGGACUCAGAGGAUGCUCAGCUACUCAGGGACACUUUUGUUUUUAAGGUGGUGCCAAUGCUGAACCCAGAUGGUGUGGUAGUGGGUAAUUACCGCUGCUCUCUGGCAGGCAGGGACCUGAACAGAAACUACAAGACAUUGCUCAGGGACUCCUUCCCCUGUGUGUGGCACACCCGAAACAUGGUGGAAAGGCUGAUGGCUGAGACGGAUGUCGUUCUUUACUGUGACUUUCAUGGCCACAACCGUAAAAACAAUGUCUUUAUGUACGGUUGUAACAACCGAGGUGACACCUCGCUGAAGCUUCAAGAGAGAGUCUUUCCAUUGAUGAUGAGCAAGAAUGCCAGUAAUAAGUUCUCCUUUAAGAGUUGUAAGUUUCGGGUUCAGAAGAGCAAAGAGGGAACAGGACGAAUCGUCAUGUGGAGACUCGGCAUCAAAAACAGCUACACUAUGGAAGCCACCUUCGGAGGCUCCACUCUGGGUGACAGGAGAGGAACACAUUUUACUACUCGAGACCUGAAGUCCCUCGGCUUCUACUUCUGUGACACCCUGCUGGACUACUGUGACCCAGAUCCAACAAAGAUCACCUACUGUCUGACAGAGCUGGCAGCGCUGUUUAGGAAGCAGGUCAGAGAGAGGCUGGGCAAAGACAUGGGCACUGAAUGUAACUUCUCUGUGUCUGACCUGGAAACCAGCACCAGUGGUUCAAAUAGUUCAGAUUCUGACGGACUCCCAGUGCAUUUACUGAACCAUCCAGAGAUUCAAGCGAAGAAGAAAAAGAAACGCUUGAGGAGUUGUAAAGAGAGGAACAGGCAGCGACCGGAGGGAGUGAGGAGUAAAGAACAGCCAAAAGUUCUGCAAAGCAGCGUAACAAAUAUUGAUUCCAACCUGCUACAUGAGGGCGCAGUUAAAGUGAGCAUUCAAGAGAGGCCUGUUGGAAGACUCAGGAAAAAAUGGCAGGUGAAUGGCCUGAUAAAAAAAGCUGCCAUCCCGUCUCCCACUACUCACCCAGGGGAGGUGAGUCAGGUGACUCUGUGGCAGGGCUGCGAGCCUGUCAAGCAUAAUGGAAACAUGAAAUCUGCAUACCCGCAUUUCGGGAUUAAAGCAUGUCCACUUCUCAGAUCAUACAGAACUGCGGCCCCUAACACAGAUGACCUGGGGAUGUAUUCAGGACGGUGGAGAUGUUCCUCUCAACUGCUGCACCUGAGUGCCGUCCUUCCUCAUUCUCCAAAUUUCCUCGAAUCCAACAAGCGACAGUAUCGCUGCCCCCGACAAACCUUCGCCUCCUAUAACUUCUACAGAGGUUUGCCACCUCCCCUUACACCGCCCCACAGGUCUUCAAUGUACCUCAAGAUGGUUCCAGACAUUGUUCCGACCAAGCACUUGCUGUCAAAUUUCACCGCUGACAAGUUCGACACCCGGCCUGCUUUUCGAGUCAGAAACUCAGAAAGUUACUUUGUGCCUGAGGCUUCCCUUCUCUCACACGCAGACACAACAAACACCAAACGGCAGAACGAGGAACAGGAAGGAGAUUCUCCAGAAGGUUUGUCACUGAUGAGAUGUAAACCCCUUGGAGAACCGAAGCAGAGACUCGCCCCUGACGUACCUCUGAGAGAAACUGAAUCGCGCAGCAGCUUAUUUGUGCCUGUUCUGAGGGACACAAACCUGAGAGAGAAAAAAUACUGCAAAGAGACUGUGGAGGACAAAAGGCACCUGGGUGGUUUAUCCCCUGCUUCAAAGCCUCCAGGCCUCAUAAAGACAGAACCUAAGCAUCCACAGAGUGACACCCUCAGUAGGCUUCAGACUAAGGACAUCAGGCACUACCAUUCAGGAAGAGAAAGCCAGAUAAGAACGACAAUGAUGACACUGUCACCACAUUCUGCCUCCCUGUGGGGCGGCGAGGCAGAAUGAUAUGAUUACAUAAUGCUGGUCCUGUGUUGAUAUUUGUAAGGAAAAGAUUUACUGAUGACAAACACAAAGUCUAUACGUUGCCUAAUAAAUUAUACACAGGCCGUUGGGUUUAAACAUUUCAUUUAUUACAAAGCUAGAAAAACAAUAAUACAAUUCAACGCAAUAUAUGGUGAGUAAAAUAUCAAAAUAAAUAUGUUCAUAUGUUCUCUUUAAUACUCAAUCGUGGGGAGAAUUUUUACAAUGUACGACAUGUAAUACCAAAAAAGGCACACUCUUUUUAUUGCCUGAGUCUGGAAGGCGCACAGUACAGACGUGUCAAGGUGUGGAAGGGACGCAGCUUCAGAAUUCAGUCAAACUGUCGGAGAUGAAACUGCCUCUCUGUGUGUCUGACCAAGUCCCGCAGCGCCACAAACCCAAAGAGGGCCUGAAUCAUUCAGGAAUUAAAACAACAUUAUAUACGAAUUAAACCAGUGGUAAUCAACGAACGCCAAAUAUAUAAACAUACACAACAUUACAUAUAUUUACAAUCAUGCAGAUCGGAAAUAGACAUUACGUUUUUAAAAGGAAUGUACCUGUGUGAGUAUGAAUAAGGCGAGAACUAUGUGAACACCCCUCUCCAAGGGUUGUAUGAGAAUGGCUUCAUUGAAAAGCUGAAAUAGGAUAAGGGGAAACUGCAGCAGGAUGCUCAGCAGCCAAAAACCAGCCAGCUCCGGGACCUUUCCAACACACACAUUACAUAUUAUUACGUAUUCUUUGCAUUUCUUUGUUUGUUGUGUUAUUCAGCAUAUGCUAUUAUCCAAAGGGACUCACAUCCCUUCAACACCAUAGACAUGCCUACGGGUGAGUGUUGACCCAUUUUUUCCUGCAAUUGUAUCUUUUGCUUUGUGUGAGUGAUGCACCACCUUUUCUUGCAGGUUCCCAGCAUAGCCAAGAAACAGUCUAAUGGCCUCGAUCAGAGUCAUCAAGAUGAGAACAGUGACAAGGAUGAACUUGUAGUAGUCUGGCAAGGCAGGAUACUGGUAGAGAUGACAAAUACAACAAUGCAGUUAAAUGAACUGAAUUUAAAUUAAAGUCGUUAUCCUAAGUGGCUUUUAUGAAAUUAGGAACGAGUCUGACUUGUUUACAGUUCAAUUAAAAUGAAUACCUGUAAAAACAACAAAUGACCAACUGUACUUGACAACAAUGAAGCAAACAAAUCAGCCUUUGGGGAUCAUUUGUUCACUUUGCUGCUACCUAAAUAUUUUUUAAUCAGCUUAUUUUGGGUCACUGAUACUUUUCUCCUGGGAAGUACAAAGUUUUGCAUUAAAGGUAUGUUCAAAAAGGAAUGCAUAUUAGAAAAAACCAACUGCUUAUAGUUUUACUUCAACUGACUUUUAGAAGAGGACGUCAUGCAGCCUGACUGAAAUUGUU